AGUGCUACGCAUCUGAAUACUCGAAUAUUUGUAAAUCAUUCUUGAAACACACAUUCUUGAAUGGUCAAUGUUUCCGAUUAUAUAAUACAGCCUUCCGAUACAUCAAUCACUCUCAUAUGGGUUUAACCAUAUAAUUGAAGCUCCUUAUUGGGGGUUUAGGCGGAGUAUAGCUCAUGUAUCGCGCUGCUAGGAGGUGCGUGUUCACCUGUUUGAGGUGGCCUCGAAAUACUAUAGAGCUCAGCUCCCUUCAUCUGACUCGACAGUCUCUCGCAUCUUCGGGGACCCGUUUAAGUUUUAACCAUGGCAAUUUGAUUGGCAAUGGUCAGUUCGUUCAGCGUUACUCUUCUUUUCAGCUGCGCGAUGAUACAAUAUACGCAUUAUCAACAGCCGAGGGCAAGGCUGGGAUCGCGGUGAUCCGGAUAUCGGGCCCCGCCUGCAGAUCUGUAGGGUUUAUUCGCUUCCAACCAACGACCAUGGCUGAUGGAUUAUAAGAUUUACCACGGACUCUGCCCAAGCAAACCCUUCUUAAAACCUCGCCAUGCCACCAUUAGGUCACUGUAUCAUCCGGAUUCGAGCGAAUCGGAAAUUCUCGAUUCGGAAGCAUUAGUGCUUUUUUUCCCAAAUCCCAAAACAGUCACUGGCGAUGAUGUCCUAGAACUGCAUGUGCAUGGAGGUAGUGCAACUGUGAAAGCUGUUCUCGCGGCGAUUCCUAAAUGUGCCGCAGAAGGCCCAAUCCGUUACGCCGAGCCCGGUGAAUUCACUAAGCGAGCUUUUCUCAAUGACCGGCUUGAUUUAGCCCAGGUCGAGGCUCUAAGCGAGACUCUCGCCGCUGAAACGGAACAGCAGCGACGCGCGGCGGUUCGCGGCAGCAGUGGCUCGUUGGGUCGAACAUACGAAGACUGGCGUCAGAAUCUUUUACAUGCUCGGGCCGAGAUGGAGGCUCUUAUCGACUUCUCCGAAGAUCAGCAUUUCGACGAGUCGCCCGCUUCCCUAGUCGUCAAUGUGACGAAACAGGUUAGGCAAAUCCUUCAGAGUAUACACGUCCAUGAAGGAGCGAGUGAGCGAAGCGAACUUCUUCGGAACGGGAUCAAAAUCGCGCUUGUGGGUCCGCCGAAUGCCGGUAAAAGCUCGUUUAUGAAUCAGGUCGUGGGUAGGGAGGCGUCUAUCGUAUCAAGCGAGUCUGGCACUACUCGGGACAUCAUCGAAGCUAAUAUCGAUAUUCGUGGGUAUUUGUGUACAUUUGCAGAUACCGCAGGAUUCAGAAGCUCGACUCCACUAGAUCCAACGGGUGCUCGUGAUUCUGCACGUGAUUCUGUAGAUAUUAUAGGGGCAGUUGAAGAAGAGGGAAUCCGCAGGGCAAGGGUCAAAGCCACGCAAUCUGAUGUCAUCAUCGUAUUAACCUCGAUCGAAACGGAUACGCUUGGAAAACCCCAGAUUCGCUUCGAUAUGGAGACUCUAAAACUCGCGGCAGACAGUAAGGAACGGUUAGUAAUUGUUAACAAGCGAGAUGCCGUUUCUAACGAUGGAUUACGUGUCCUUCUUCAGCGGUUCGCCAAGGAUGUGCUUGGCAAGGUCAAUGGGCUUGGGGGAAUUCGGCCGAUACCCAUUUCUUGCAAGGAGGCGCAAGAUCUAGGUUCUGACCAGAUCGACCCGGGGGGGCUCCGGGGGGUCGUAGAUGCGUUGGUUACAUCGUUUACUACAAUGACAUCGCUUCCUGCAACUUUGCAAGACCUCCAUGGCGUUACCGAACGUCAGCGACAGCUUCUUGUGAAAUGUAGACGGCAUCUAGAGAAUUACCUUGAAGUCGUGGGAUAUACCGACUUGGCGGGUGAAAGGGGCCCCCACGACGAGCUCGAUAGAGGCGAAGACGCUGAUAUUACCAUAGCAGCUGAACAUCUUCGUUACGCCGCAAAUUACCUAGGACGGAUCACGGGCCGCGGAGAUGUAGGCGAUGUGGAGGAAAUCCUAGGCGUAAUCUUCGAAAAGUUCUGUGUAGGAAAGUGAUUGAAUUCUCAAAAUAACCAAUAUACAGAUGAAGAGUAAUGCCCUAUUUGCGCCGUUCCAUGCCCUAAUCCUCAUACAAUGCGUUUUCCUAAAUCGUCCGAUGUCUAUCCCGAAUCCUAUCUCAUGCUAUAAUAGUAGUACAGGUGUUGCUUGCGCGUCUAUGUUUCUAUGGUAUGAAUCUUUUU